AUGAAUGCCACAGAAACCCGCUUUACACAAAACCAAACACCCCAACUAUCCCUCAAGGUGCCCAACCAAGCCUCCCGCCUCCCCUUCCCCCGCCUCAUAGCCGCCUACCUCUGCCUCUGCCUUUGUUACUUCACGAUCUACCUCGACACCGCGGGCGUCACCACCGCGCUGCCCACCAUCAGCACCGCCCUCUCCGCCGGGCCCUCCAUCACCUGGGCCGGAACCGCAUAUCUGCUUGGACAAACCGCCUUUCAGCCUCUCUAUGGCCGCCUCUCAGAUAUCACCGGGCGCAAACCCAUCUUACUCGCGUCCAUCGCUUGCACGGCGCUCGGCGGGUUGCUAUGCGGCUUCGCACGCACUCCCACGUGGUUAUACACUGCGCGUGCACUGAGUGGAGUUGGCGGCGGCGGAAUCAGCAGUACUGUAGCGAUUGUUGUGAGUGAUCUCGUGAGCUUGAAAGAGAGGGGGAAGUAUCAAGGUAUCAUCGGCAUUGCCAUCGGUGCGGGCGCGACGACGGGGCCAUUUAUUGCUGCUAGCCUGACGGGGUAUCAUGAAGGGUGGAGGUGGACGUUCUGGGUGCCGGGGAUACUGGCGGCGGUGUGCUGGGUUUUGGUGUUGGGGUACGUACCAUUGAAGAGUGUGGGAGGGGGGUGGAGGGAGAAGGCUGGCAGGAUUGAUUGGGUGGGGAUUGGGGCGAGUGUGGGAGGGAUUGUGCUUGUCUUGAUACCGAUUAGUUCCGGGUGGAAGUAUCUGGCCGUCGCCACCCUCAUCCUCCCCUUUCUCCUCGCCCAAACCAUCGCCGGCGCAUCCACCGGCCCCGUAAUGUUCAAAACAGCACGAUACAACCCCGUUCUCCGUACAGGCUUCAUAGCCCUGAACCCUCGGCGCCGCGCUCAAACUCAUCUUCUCGCGCAACACACCGAUAGCAGCGUAUGUCUGUAUCCUCGCAAUCGAGGGCCUGGGCUCCGGCUGGGUGCACCAGCCCGGCCUCGUCGCCCUGCAAGCACUCAGCACGCCCGAAGACCGCGCCGUUGCUACAUCAACACGUAAUCUCUUGCGCUCGCUAGGCGGCGUGGCUGGCGUCGCCGUCUCCACAAGCCGGUGCAGUUCAGCGUCACUGAAAAAGCCCUUCGCAAGCGCGUGA